AUGGUAGAAGCAGCUAUCUGCGCGCGACAUUCAGAGCCAAGUCAAUCAACAUUGCAACUACCAAUCAGAGCUGACAGGGCCUUCAGCCUAGCCUCGCCUGUAGUCGGCCGGAGAGCAAAAUCACAAAGAGGUCAAGCAGUGCGUGAACUACAUGUUGUUAUUUCCGAAAUACUGGCGUUCAUACGCAACAAACUGGACAUCAUUGAUACGGAAAGUCUAAUCAGGAUUUAUGUUUCGGCAUUUUCGGAAGAAGACAUUGAAUGUGCAAAAAAGUUGUUGUUUUCGUCGGUGAAAACAAAAAUUAAGUUCGUGUCAAGACGUAAGCAGCAGAAAGAAAAAGAUUUGGAAGAUAUUUUGACAGUGUUAAAAACAGCUGAGCCGGAUCAAAUACCAAUAUUUGUGGCUUACAAUCUGCAGAAAUUGCCGCCAAUUUGUUUCGAUCAUUUUGAUGUUACUAAGUUGUUGAAAGACACAAUUUUAUUGCGUGAAGAUAAAAACGGACUGAUUGGGCUGUCGCAUGUUUCCGAGUCGGCUGAUGACGCCACGGCUGUGUCACCGCCGUCUGUAUCUGAGAUCGAUGCGCUAACUCACGGUGAUAAUGCAACUAUGGUUGUAAACAAUGCACUAAAAUAUAGAACUCUCUGUCCAUCGGUCGGGGCUGCGUAUAGCAGCGUCUUACUAGCGGAUUUUAACUCGACAUUAUUAGAAAUAAGCAUUGAUAAUGCGAGUGUCAAGGACAGUUUAGUCAAAUUGCCGAACAUGAAUAAAAAUUAUAGCAAUGAAAAUGAAAAAUGAUAUGAAAGAUAUGAAAAAUGAUAAUGAAUGGACGAUUGUUAAUUGUUAAUAGUAAGUCAAAAAAUCGUUUCAUUGGCAGAACAGGCAAGUUUUUAUCUUAUGCCACGGAAACCUUCAAGGUCGCGGAAACCUGUAUACCGUUAAUUAUAUC